AUGGACGCCACAUUAGCACCACUAGUCGAGGCUUUGAAAACAAAGAAAAAGGUAUGCCUAUUCACAGGUGCAGGUGUAUCAACGGCAGCUGGAAUUCCUGACUUUAGAAGUCCAGAUACUGGGUUAUACUCCAAUUUGGCAAAGCUCAACCUCCCAUAUGCUGAAGCUGUCUUUGACAUUGAUUUCUUCAAAGAGGACCCCCAACCAUUCUACACCUUAGCAGAAGAGCUAUUUCCCGGCAAGUUUGCUCCUACAAAGUUUCAUUAUUUGGUGCGGAUCCUUCAAGAGAAGAAUCUAUUGCAACGUGUCUACACACAAAAUAUAGACGUAUUGGACAGACUUGCUGGUGUGGAGGACGACUUCAUUGUUGAAGCCCAUGGAUCAUUUGCCACUAGCCGGUGCAUAGAUUGCAAGAAGGAGGUAUCGAUUGAGAAAUUGAAGCAGAUGAUGAAAGAAAAGACACCCACCUGCGCUAAUUGUGAUGGCUUCAUCAAACCUGAUAUCACUUUCUAUGGCGAAGGGUUACCGUCAAAGUUUUUUGAAACCUGGGAAGAAGAUGUUGAUGAUGUUGAAGUGGCUGUGAUUGCAGGUACAUCUUUGACAGUACAUCCUUUUGCCUCUUUACCUUCCAGUGUUGACAAAAGCUCUCUUAGGGUAUUGGUCAAUAGGGAAAAGGUUGGUGACUUAGGUCGAAGAAAGAAGGAUAUUGUUGCCCUCCUCGAUUGUGACGAGUUUGCGGAAACUUUGGCUACUUUACUUGGCUGGAAAAAGGAGCUUGACAAGUAUUACGAGGAGGGCCAGAAAAAGUAUGGAAAGAGUGAAUCAAUUGAAGACGAGUUGGAAAAAAUUGAUGAGAGUUUGGAAAAGAAAGCAAAUAUAAAGAAAAAAGAAAAGGCAGAAAUACCCCCAGAAGAUGAUGAAGAGUUGGAGGAGUUGAUUAACAAACUUAAAAUAUAA